AUGCUUGCGAUGGCCAGGAAAAAGUUGAGCAUUCGCCGGUGAGUGCGCUCCAUUGACAAUUCGGUGCUCGGUAGAACGAAUAAAAAAUUGCAAUUUUCCUUAUAAACCAUCGAAAUUUUGGUGUUUUGUGUGCAGAAAAAACGUCGUCGGUUUUUGCUCGGCCGCGCCCGUAAUCCGAUAGUUUUCCGGGGCUCAUUCUCACCUCCGCGACCUCAUUUUCACCCUCAAAAUCAUCUAUUGUUACGCGUUUUCUUCUUUCGAUUUUUGAAAGAAAAAUGAUGAAAAUAAGCGGCUUUGGCAAAAAAUUGUCGGCGAAACAGUUGCGGCAGAAAUUCGAACGGCAAAACGAGAUCAACGACUCGUUUUUCGACGAAUUGUAAGUUUGCAAACACUCUAUCGAACUUUGCGCGGAAAUUCAAAAAAAAAUCGCCUGGUAACAGUUCACUUUUUACAGAAAAGAGUCGCGAAAAUGGCGAGAGCCGCCGGAAAAAGCGUUGCGAUUCGAAAAUGUGAUAAUUCAAGACACGAACUUGGCGUUGGAGCAGAUUGAAGAAUCGAAAAAGAUGCUCGGCGACGCGCUUCAAUUGUGUGGCAUCGAAAACGAGAUUGCGAGCUACAUGAAGCGAAAAUUCGAUGCUUUAUACGGUAGGCAAGAUCUUGCCACGAAAUCCAAACAAAAACAGUACAAUUUCAGGCGGUCACUGGCAGUGCAUUGUCGGCCGCAACUUUGGCAGCCACUUGGACCCGGUGCAGUUCAUCCAUUUCACAGUUUCGAGAAUUUCCGUCAUUCUUUUCCGAUGA